GUACUAUUCAGUUAUAUGCAUUUAAGUUCAGAAUGAUCAAACCACAGAUAUUUUGUUUAAUUGUUCUUACAGGAUUCAUUUAUGUUUUACUAAUCUGUUUCUUUAUGACCUUAUUCGGCCAUGAGGAAAUACAAAUACAAUUUAUUCCAAGAUUUAUACCACCGGAUUACGCAGGAGUCAAGUCAACAAGGAUAUAUACAUCGACAAAAACUGAAACUGAUGCUGUUGAUGACGUAAGCAAAAACAGCGAUUCAGUUGUGGAUAUCAUUACUACAGCUAUAAACCUAAAUACUUCAGCUGUGACUCUUGCCACUGCAGCUGUGAAUAUCAACACUUCAGUUGCGAAUCUUAAAAUUGCAGUAAAGACAACUAUUCGUGAUAAAACAGACGCGAGACUGGUUGAAAAACUAUUGAAAACAGACGAGACUGAAGUGAUUAAAAUAUUACUCUGGAAUGUUACUGACUGUGAUACUCACAAGUGUAUUGUUCCACUUGGAUCUGCACCUUUCGAAGAUUGCGAAAUACCACAUUGCGAAUUAACAACAGACCAUUCGCAAAUAGAAAACGUUCAGAAUGUAAUGUUUCACACAUGUGAGAAGAAAAGUUUAGUCGGUGAGUGCGGGCUCCCAAAAUACAGAUCGCCCAAGCAGAAGUGGAUAUUUUGGUGUCGAGAGCCACCUAGUAGCGGCCAACAGUAUAGACACAGGGCAUUAACUAAUGCAUUUAAUUUUACUAUAACAACUAGGUUAGACUCUGAUUUCCAUGCCUACCAUGGUGUAUUUAAAGUUAAUCCGAAUCCUCCAAAAACCCUUCCAGACUACGCAAAAGGCAAAACCAAGAUGGCGGCAUGGAUUGUCUCACACUGUAAAACUCAAAGCAGACGGGAGUUAUAUGUGCAGCGAUUGCAAAAGUAUAUGCCAGUAGACAUAUAUGGUAAAUGUGGUCGUCUGGAGUGUCCUAGUGGAAGUCUCGAUGAAAAGUUUGAAUGUUUUGGUUAUAUAGGCGCAACCUACAAGUUCUACAUUGCAUUCGAGAACUCUGAUUGUAGGGAUUACGUCACUGAAAAAGUAUGGCGGAACGCAAUUAUGAUGGACACAUUGCCAGUAGUGCGUGGAUUUUAUAACAACUUCGAGACAAUACUACCACCAGGCUCCUACAUUCACACUAACGAUUUUCCGAAUCCUAAAGCACUUGCCGAUUAUCUGAUAUACCUAGACAAAAAUGAUACAGCAUACAAUGAAUACUUCAAAUGGAAGCUAACAUAUAUGC